AGUAUGUGGGAGGAGGAAAAACUGCUGAGCUGAAUUCUUUUGCCAUGAAGGACAGGACGGACUUGCAGGCCUAAACUCCCCGCCGGACAGUCGCGAUGGACUUCGUGCUGAGCGGAGCGGCGGCGUGCGGAGCCUGCCUCUUCACCAACCCGCUGGAGGUCGUUAAAACGCGAAUGCAGCUUCAGGGAGAGCUCCAGAGCCGGGGCUCGUACCAGAUUUACUAUCGCAACGUGUUUCACGCUUUUUAUACUAUCGGUAAAGUGGACGGACUGGCCGGUUUACAGAAAGGACUGGUGCCGGGGCUCGUUUAUCAGUUUUUUAUGAAUGGAGUCAGACUCGGCUCUUUCGCCAUCAUUGAGUCCUCUGGUUACAUCCACACCAAUGGAAGGGUCAGUGCGGCUAAAACCACGGUAGCAGGCGCUUUAGCUGGAGUGGUGGGAGCAGUGAUGGGAAGUCCCGUAUACUUGGUAAAGACUCAUCUGCAGAGUCAGUCUACCUCCUCUAUUGCAGUUGGACAUCAAUACAAACACCAGGGGAUGAUCCAGGCUCUGGCAGCCAUCUAUAAACAGCAUGGCAUUCUGGGACUGUGGAGGGGCUCCAGUGCUGCUGUACCGAGGGUCAGCGUGGGGUCUGCUGCACAACUCUCCACCUUCUCCUCCGCCAAGGAGUUUGUGAUCGACCUACAGGUGUUCCCAAAGAACAGCUGGUUCGUGGCUCUAAGUGCCGGCAUGAUCAGCAGUGUGGUGGUGGUGAUCGCUAUGACGCCUUUUGAUGUCGUGAGCACACGGCUCUACAACCAGCCCGUGGAUCAUUUGGGCAAGGGGCAGGUUUAUAAAGGAUUCACUGACUGCUUUUCUAAGACGCUGAGGAGGGAGGGCUUGCUUGGACUUUACAAAGGCUUGGGAGCCUCUUAUUUCCGGAUCGGCCCCCACACCAUUUUGUCCUUGUUCUUCUGGGAUGAACUGCGCAAACUGCACCAGCAGUUCAGAUAAUACAAGGGACAAGGAAAAUGGGUAACUCAUUAAGCUCUGCAUAGUUUAAAUGAUACCUAAUUUAAUGAGGUUAAAGAAAAACCAGGAGUCUCUUUUCUUGAUGAGAAAGAGCAAAGGUUGCAUUUUACACUCCAGUAAGAAAACACAUCAGUGUAGUCAAAAUGUGUCGGGAAGAAGUGCAUAUUAUUGUGUGCAUAUGUGCACAGAUAUGACGACAGCCUACAUAGAGAAACGCAAUAGACCUUAUAUACAGUAUACUGUAUGUCAAACAUCAUGGCUCUUCUUUUAUAGCUUUUAAACUCCUCAGAUAUGCCAUUCCAUAAGAUAUUAAAUGAUUUGCACUUGAGACAACUCUGUACAUUCAGGAGAACGCAUCAACUGUGGGCCACAGUUUGAGAAAAUUAAUGGAUUGUGCCAAAUCAAAAACUGUUAAUAUGAAGUGAUUGGUGCAAAUUAGUGAAGUGGCAGCUGCUCCAUGAUACAAGUUAACACGGGUUAUAGUCUAAAACCGUGUAUUCAAAGGGAAACGCACUGUAUGAAAGCCUGGUGAGACACAGCGUGCAGAUUAUAUAGUGAGAUUGUUAAAGCAGAAAAUGAAGGCACAGUUUUGAGGAAUAUUUAGUGUGUACACAGUUCGGGUUUAGUGAUAUUCAUCAAAAUGAGCCUUUACGAUUAUUACAUAUCCGAGUGGCUUUAAAAAAUUUAAUAAAAAACACCGAGCUGCUGUCAUUAAAGUGAAAGAAAUAGCACUAACAUUUAUAUGAAUCAUUGAUAUCUUCAUGCAGCAUAAAAAUUGUGAUAUUUCUCUCUAAAGCAACAAUUAGCACAUUUCAUUUUAACACCGCGCUGACAGUAAAAUUGCUUCUACUGGAUAAGAUUAGCUCAAUGUUCUUUAUGAUAUUUUUUCUGCAGAUUAAUCAUUUAUAACCAGAUGACCAGCAUCUUCAUUGUCAGCAGUACCUUAUGCUUUAUAUAUUUAUUUAUAUAUAUAUAACAUUUAUUUUUACAAUUAACACUUGAAAUGAUGAAGGCACUUGCAAAUGACAAGGUAGUACAAACUGUAAACCAUACUUUGGUGUUUCAUUUUUACCUCUUAAGAUUUCAUUAAACUUAUUUCUUUUUCUUUUUACAAAAUAAACCAAAACACUGAGAAGAAGGAAGAUUCUGGGUAGAUAACGAUGAGAAUAAAUAUGAAACAAAAAUUUUAAUCAUACCCCUUUUAACUAAAAAGAAAUCUAUGCUCGUUUACAAAUAUAUAUAAAUAUAUAUAUAUUUAUGACCUGAUCGCCGGAUGACUCCAAAAACUCUUAAUAAAACUGCGUUUUUGCACAUCGAGUCAGAAACACUUGGAGGUGUCACCGUGUCUCAUGUACUUUCAGAGACUAGUUACAUAUAUUUAUAUAUAUAUAUAUAUAUAUAUAUAUAUAUAUAUAUAUAUAUAUAUACAUACAUACAUACAUACAUACAUACAUACAUACAUACAUACAUACAGAAGUAUGUUGACAAUUGUAAAAUGUCAUGAAGUUAUAACUACCAAUAAUUUUCCUUUUAUGCAGCUGGUGGUUAACGUACCUGUUUCUGCAAAAACAUCUGUUUCUGAUUAUAUUAUAUAUAUGUUGUUUGUCUAAUACUUUAAGAUCAGUGUCAAUGAUGAUUUAUUAAAGCAUUAAGUUAUUGGUGUAAGUGAAGAUAUGAAGUCCACCAGAUAAUUGGCUUGAGGCAGAUAAGUUAGCAAAACUAUAUACAUGUUGUCAUUUUACGUUCUCCAGGUCAGCAUGUGCAUACAUGAAUGUUACUAAAUUGCUUAGUAAAGAAAGAUGAAACGAUGAAUCCACUUUUUUUUUCCUUACACUGUUUGAAAAUGUCAGUGUCAUUACUGCACCAGUGUACAGUAGACUUAACAUGAAAUGGACAUUUUGAACUGUUACGUUAUAUAAAACUGUUCUCUAAGAUGUGAGCCAAGAAGUAUCAGCUGUGCUGUGUAUUUCCUACUCUGACAGAACAAUUGUCAUAAUAAAAGUGGGUCAAACGGACUAUAAUCGUCUUCCUUAUAACACAUUAUUAGACAAUGAAAAGUUGUCUCAAGCAGGUCGAAACGAUUCCUUUCAAACUAACUAUGUGCCAAACAUUGUGCCAUUUGUUUAAUUCACAGCAAGGCAGCCACAACUAGUACUGAAAAUAGUAACUGACUGAUGAACUGUGAACAAUUACUGACCAGUAGGAGCCUUCAAUCAGAUUAUUCAGGGAUGAAAAAGAUCUUAUCAUGGUAUACUAUCCACAUUAGCCAUCCCAGAAAGUGAUGAGGUCAUUUGUCCAGUGUGUGUGAAUGUAAACCUGUUAACAGCGGUCUACAAUGACUACAAACAGAGUAGUUACUGGUCAGUUUAUAUCAUUUAGGAGCCUAAUGACAAAUCUAAAAUAAAAGUUAGGUUGAGGAAGGACUGAUGAUAAUGUCAAAUACAUGCAACAUGUAGUUUUGAUACUUUUGUUAGGAAAUUGCUCAAUUAAUUUGCAGAUGUAAUGUGAAGUCUUGUGUAAACCUCCUGACCGUUGGUCUAGGAGUUGAGUCGUAUUAAUGAAUGUUACAUGCAACAGCUUGAUGUCUCAUGAAUGUGUUACAAAAUGCACUUCCUCUUAUGGUCAGCAAAUUCUUCUGUGCAAUGGACUCGAGAAGCAAAUAAAUGAUCAGACUUUUCAUUGAC